UGGGGAGCCAAGAUGGUCAUUAAAAGAUGGGAGUUGGGUGGUCAGAAGAAGAUCCUUUUUCACAGACACAAUCAAGUCAAGAAGUUCAAGUUUCUCACACCAAAUCCCAGGAUGUAGUGGAGAAAACAAAUGGGAUUAAACUCCCACACAACUAUGAAGCCAUUCUUAAAGAGGCAGACUCACCGAUCGACAAGUCCUCCCCCAACAAGAUAAAAGAUCAGCUUUACUCUGGAGUUUUCUUAAAUGGAAAGAAAAAGAAGUAUUGGGUUAACAACGAAUCCGGAAGCAACAGCUUCAUGCUGUUUGCUAGGGAUCUUUCAGUCACUUGGGGAGAUGACCAACGUUACUGGAAGUGGACUUCCCUGAAAGAGACAAGUGAUGUUUUUGUGGAUGUGGCUGAACUAUUAAACGUGUGCUGGCUGGAGAUAAAGGUGAGAUUCGAGACAACGAAGCUCACUCCGAGGGCUUUGUAUGAAGUUUUGUUUGUCAUAAUGUUGAAGGAAGGAGCUUAUGGAUGGGAUGCUCCAGUGAACCUGAGACUCGUACUGCCAAACAGAAUCAAGAUAGAGCACAAAGAAAAUUUGAACAUGAAGCCAAGAAAUCAAUGGAUAGAGAUCCCGGUUGGCGAGUUCAGAACUUUGCCGGAGAGGGCUGGGGAGAUGGUCAUCUCUAUGUAUGAAAUCGAGGACGGGAAAUGGAAAAAAGGACUUGUCAUCAAAGGGAUCGUCAUUCGGCCAGUAAACUAAGUGUGGGGAUAAUUUCAACGUUUACACAACUGAGUUUAACAAAGUUUCAGGUCGAUCAAUAAAUUUAUUUACAUGUUCAGUAUAGGUGAAAAUAAUCAGAAGCAUCAUUGUGAGGCUCCUUCGUAAUUGUCUCACAACUUAUCUCUAGCUUCUCAAUUCUGCUUUGAAACCUGAGCUUGUUUCCUAAGCAUUCUAGUGUGCAUGCAGGAUUAGACUCCUCUCCUACUAUGAGCUCUUCCGAACUUUUACAGAUCUAGUGACAGAUGUAUACUAAUGAGCAUUUGUGGUUAAAAUUUAUUUCUUGUUA